UUUCCUCUGCUAGGUGCUUCCCCGGUCUUUCCCUCCGUUCCCCGUUCCUCCCGGCGGUCUCUGAUCCGUUACUGGCCCCGGCGGGGGACGGCAGCAACCCUGCGGGAGGAGCCAAGGGUGGCGCUACUUUGAUGUUCCUGGCCGAGAAGCGUCAGAAGAGCUGAUCCUUCGUGCUCAGGAUGAUCGAGGAGGACGCUGCUCUGAGGAACGGCGGCAGGGGGCUCUCCGGCCAGUGGGCAGACGCGGCGGCCGCUCGACCCCGCACCACCGAGCGACACAUAACGGUGCACAAGCGCCUGGUGAUGGGCUUCGCCAUCUCCAUCCUGGCUCUGCUGGUGGUCACCAUGAUCGCCGUGCUGCUCAGCGUGCGGAUCGAGGAGUGCAGCAGCGGCACCGCGUCUGACGGCCCAGGAGGCAGGGCGGGCAACCGGAGUGUCCCGGCGGCGGCUGCCGCCGCUGCCGCCGCAGCCCCCGCAGGAAGUGCCCGCCUGAACCAGAACAGCGCCGGGGAAACUCCUGGAAGUGCAGGGGAAGAGACAGUGGCGUUGGAAGCUGCUAGAGGGGAAGAGGAGGAGGAGGAAUGGCCGAGGCGGCGGGAGCAGCAGCCCUGGACCCAGCUGCGCCUUCCCGGACACCUGCGCCCCCUCCACUACAACCUGAUGCUGAGCGUCUUCAUGGAGAACUUCACCUUCAGCGGCGAGGUCAACGUGCAAGUCGAGUGUCUCAACGCCACCCGUUACAUCGUUCUCCACGCCCACCGCAUGCACAUCGAAGCAGUCCGCGUGGCUGAGGACCGGCUGGCCGGUGCCUUGAACGUCUCCGGCUUCUUCCUUUACCCACAGACCCAGGUCUUCGUGAUAGUCCUCAAUCGGAGCUUAGAGGAACAGAGAAGUUACAACCUUAAGAUCCUCUACAACGCUCCGAUCGAGAACGAGCUUCUGGGAUUUUUCCGCAGCUCUUAUGUCCUCUACGGGGAAAGAAGGUUUCUUGCAGUUACACAGUUUUCUCCUACACAUGCCAGAAAAGCCUUUCCUUGCUUUGAUGAGCCUAUCUACAAGGCCACAUUUAAAAUCAGCAUCAAGCAUCAAGCAACUUAUUUAUCUUUGUCCAAUAUGCCAGUGGAAACUUCUGUUUCUGAAGAAGAUGGAUGGGUUACCGAUCACUUUUCACAGACUCCACUCAUGUCCACAUAUUACUUAGCUUGGGCUGUUUGCAAUUUUACAUACCGUGAGACUACCACAAACAAUGGUGUUGUAGUACGAUUGUAUGCAAGACCUGAUGCCAUUAGAAGAGGAUCCGGGGACUAUGCUCUAAACAUUACACGGAGAUUAAUUGAGUUCUAUGAAGAUUACUUCAAAGUACCCUAUUCCUUGCCAAAAUUAGAUCUGUUAGCUGUGCCUAAGCAUCCUUAUGCUGCAAUGGAGAACUGGGGAUUAAAUGUUUUCGUGGAGCAAAGGAUACUCUUGGAUUCAAGCAUUUCUUCCAUAUCAUAUUUACUGGAUGUCACCAUGGUUAUUGUGCAUGAGCUAUGCCAUCAGUGGUUUGGUGAUCUUGUAACUCCUAUAUGGUGGGAAGAUGUAUGGCUAAAAGAAGGCUUUGCUCACUAUUUUGAAUUUGUUGGAACUGACUAUCUCUAUCCAGGCUGGAAUUUGGAGAAGCAGAGGUUUCUGACUGAUGUCCUACAUGAAGUCAUGUUACUUGAUGGCCUAACAAGUUCACAUCCAGUGUCACAAGACGUGCAGCAGGCCACAGAUAUUGAUCGAGUCUUUGACUGGAUUGCCUAUAAAAAGGGUGCAGCUUUAAUUCGAAUGCUGGCUAAUUUUAUGGGUCACUCAGUAUUUCAGAUGGGCCUACAAGAUUAUUUAACUAUUCACAAGUACGGCAAUGCUGCAAGGAAAGACCUAUGGAAUACCCUGUCAGAGGCACUUAAGAAGAUAGGAAAAUUUGUGAAUAUCCAAGAGGUAAUGGAUCAGUGGACACUCCAGAUGGGUUACCCUGUAAUCACUAUCAAGAGAAAUGAAAAUACAGACAGUAUUAUAGGAAUCUCUCAAGAUCGCUUUGUUUAUGACCUUGAUAAAGAUCCCGGUUUGAGAAACAACAGCUACUUGUGGCAGAUUCCAUUAACAAUUGCAGUAGGAAAUACAAGCCACAUCUCAUCAGAGGCAAUUAUAUGGGUGUCUAACAAAUCAGAACAUCACAGAAUUGCAUAUCUUAAUGGAGGUACUUGGCUGCUUGGAAACAUCAAUCAAGCUGGCUACUUUAGGGUUAACUAUGACAUUAGAAACUGGAGAUUGAUAAUUGACCAACUAAUGAGAAACCAUAAAGUAAUCUCUGUCAGUAAUCGUGCAGGUUUGAUCGAUGAUGCAUUCAAUUUAGCCAGGGCUGGCUAUUUGCCCCAGAAUAUUCCACUUGAAAUUAUUAGAUACCUGUCAAAGGAAAAGGAAUUUCUACCUUGGCAUGCUGCUAGCCGAGCUCUUUAUCCUCUAGAUAAAUUGCUGGACCGCACAGAGAACUACAAUAUGUUCAAUGAAUACAUUUUGAGACAAGUUGCUUCAAUGUAUCUGAAGCUGGGAUGGCCAACAAAUAAUUUGGAGAAAUCUUUGGUUCAAGCUUCCUACCAGCAUGAGGAGUUCCGCCGUGAAGUGAUUAUGCUGGCAUGCAGCUUUGGUAACAAGCAUUGCCACCAGCAGGCUGCAACUCUAAUCUCUGACUGGAUCUCCAGCAAUAGAAACAGAAUACCACCAAAUGUAAGAGACAUCGUCUACUGCACAGGAGUUUCGCUGAUGGAUGAAGAUGUAUGGGAAUUCAUCUGGAUGAAAUUCCACUCAACUACAGCGGUAUCAGAGAAGAAAAUAUUAUUAGAAGCUUUAACCUGUAGUGAUGACAGAAAUUUGUUAAACAGGCUUCUUAACCUGUCUCUUAAUUCAGAAGUUGUCCUGGAUCAGGAUGCAAUUGAUGUCAUAAUCCAUGUAGCUAGAAAUCCACAUGGAAGAGAUCUUGCUUGGAAAUUUUUUAGAGAAAAGUGGAAAAUACUGAAUGCAAGAUACGGAGAAGCAUUAUUUAUGAAUUCAAAACUGAUAAGUGGAGUCACAGAAUUUCUUAAUUCAGAGAGUGAACUGAAUGAGCUAAAGAAAUUUGUAAAGAAUUAUGGGGAGAGAUCUGCUGCCUCUUUCUCUCGAGCUGUGGAAACAGUGGAAGCGAAUGUCCGGUGGCAGAUAAUUUACAAAGAAGAAUUAUUUCAGUGGCUGAGAAAAACACUUGCACACUAAUCUGUGUUUCUGGCAAAGACCUAGUACAAGUUUUGCAAGAUGAGAAGCACAGUGGGAACUUUCAGAAAACUGUCUAGAAACCCAGCAAAGACAAGUUCAAGUUGGAAGGACAAUUAAAUAGAGAUAUAUUAUAUUUUUGCACCGAAUUCCUCAGAACUGUUAAAUGAUUAGGGGCACACUGACAAAGAGGAAUGGUCAUGAAUCCCAUCCCUACUAUUCCAUGGCCAAGUGUGAUAUUAAGUGGUGCAUGUAAAUGUUAAUGUCAGUUUUGUUGGAGAAAACCCCUGAGAAUAUUUGUGCAUGGUUUUAUGGUUCCUGCCUGUAUUUCAGCAUGCUUACUUCAGAUGUCCAUGUUUUGUAUGUGAAUUUCUGUUGCAUCAAAGAUGGGCAUUAUGCAAAAGCACAAAGACUCUUAUGACAAUCAGUGAUGAAACAACAAGGUAGGAUGGAAAGAAAGACGUUAAAGGUACAAAUGAACAAGUGAUAACAUCUCCCCUUUCCAUGGUGCUGGCCAGUUUUACUUUUAAAUUCUCUUUAAGUUACUCUUUCAAUGCUAAUUUUUUUUUGAGUUGUAAACAGUAAUAUAAAUUACAAUCCAAAGAUUCCUCUUUUUAAAUCAAGAAUACGUAUGUAUUUAGAGGCAGAAUAUUUUCGCAGUAAGUUAUAGUUUUAAAAAAUACAUUUAUCCAUUACUCAUCGUACAUUGAUAGAUUUACCUUCAUAAGCUAGUUUACAACAGCUAGUUUGCAUAUUUGGUGGGGUGGGGGGAGAGUAAAAAAAAUGUCUUUUGCAUCAUGUCUUUUCAGCAAAAGUAUUCAGUAGAUAUUAUAUUGUUCUUUGAUAGUUGCAUAUAUGAUAGAAAAAUAAAAUGAGAGAAAGAACAGAACAAAACCAGGGAAACUGGAAAACUAUGUGAACUAAAAGAACUUCCUAGGUAAUGUUUAAAUUGUAAGAAACCCCCAUUCCCCCUACCAUCCUUGUCACUAUGAGUAUCUUGUUUCUUCAUAGAUAGCCUAUUAAAAUCCAAUGAAAUGGAUGACAUUUGAGCAAUUGUUAAGGCUCAAAUUUGAAAAAUAAUCCUUUGCGUCUAUUUCACUAUUUUUUAAAAUUUAGCUAAGGCAUUUUCUAAUGCAAUUCAAAGGCAUCGAUACGAUUAUUAAAAGUUGUCCCCAUUUAAUAUAAUGGCCUUAUUGAGAAUAGCAUGCACUCCAUCAGGGUUUUUUCCCUUAUUUAGAAUUUCUAUAAAGAUUUACCAAAUAAUAAUCUAGCUGGAAUGCAGCAGUUCUUAUAAUAUAUCAUAUUCUUCAUCACAGGGAAGCAAUAUUCUUCAAUAUCUUUUAGUGGAAGAAAAUAAGAAAUUAAUGACUAUACCCUACAACUUAGAAGGUUUUUUCUGCUUUUUAUUAUUUUUAGUUGUUUAUGAUCUUUGUGCUCCAAUUCUAACAUGGAAUUUUUAAAAAAUCCACUCAUAAUGAAAAUAGGUAGUUAUUUUAUCUUGCAAUUCAUGUGGAAAAACAGUAUGACUCACGUAAUAAUAUCACAAUAAGGUAAACUGCAGUUUUUCAUUAUAUACACACACACACACACACACACACACACACACUAUAUGUGGGAGUUUGCUAUAAACCCGGUAAAUGAAAUAAUUGCAUUCUUUAUUGGAUAGUGCCUAGUGGCAGUGUGGGGGGGGAAUCACAUUUAAAGAAUUGUCUAUGAAAAAUUGCCUAUAGUGAAUAUAGAUUAUUUUGUUAUGUUAAAUCUGUAAGUUGUAGUUCUGCAACAUCUCACUUUGCUUUAGUUUAUCAACAAGUAAAUAUUAAGUUAAAUAUAUAAGCUUUUAAUUUACCUUUUUCUUCAUUCUCCAGCAGCUCUUUAGGGCUUUAUGCAAGCAAGAAUUAAAAUAGAUAUUUCAUUUUUGCUGUUUUAUGAUGCUAAGGAGCUGCUCUUAUGUACACUAAAACCAUACAAGUUUUCAUCUUGUCAGAAGAUAUUAGGAGCAAGUUCCUGAGAGUGAAAACAGUUAAGCAAUGGAACAAUCUAUCUUUAAAAAUUGUGGUCGCCCAGCCUCCUAUUAAGGAUGAUUAGUAGAUUUCUGAAAUUAGGGAGGAUUGGACUAGAAGACUUGUCAGUUUCUAUCCAAUUUACAUAUUCUGUGAUGAGAAGAAUCAAAGAAUCUAACACAUAGCAGGUUGUUCAGAUUAAUUUCAAAGAUUAUUUAAGAAGAUUUGUGUCAAUUUCACAAAAAGGUGUUCUUAUAAUAUCUUCAUUCUAAAAUCCAAGAAGAGAAACCACAAAAAUACAAGUGGAAAAGGAGAAAACUUUUUUUUCUUUUUGAAGGAAAAUAAAUGGUAUAGGGCCAGUGUAGGGUAAAGAAGAGUUUAUUGUAGAGGACAACGUUUUAUAGCGUGAAAGCUAUUUAAUGAUGCCUCCUUAGAUUAGUUAAUGCAAAUUACAGACCACCAUGCUUUUUGGACACUUCAUUAUGGAAGAAUGUUUUGAUAUCCUUUACAGUAAAUCUAGGCCAAAUUUAAAGCAUUGCUUUGCAGAUGCAUUUGUUAAUUUCUUGCUAUUAGAAAGAAUCAGUGAUUAUGAAAAAAUAUAUUAUCAAAUGUUAGGUGCACAAUAGUCAAAUUUAAAUUCUUAAAAUAUUCUGAGUUUUUACAAUUCUUGCUAGUUGGGCUGGGGUAAGGCGGCAUGUUGUUUUAAUUUUCCCAUUGUGAAAGUUAGCUAUCACAAGUUUCUGACUUUUCCAAUGAGAAUGAAAAAAUGUUAGAAGCAUUUAUUUAGAUUCCUGUGUAUGAUUUACUGCUUACUUUUAUUCUAUUUUAAGUAUUUCAUUGUUCUUAUUUGUAGAAAUUAAACAUUUUUCAUUUAUAAUACUAUUAAUUUAAUAUUUAAAUCUAUACCUGGAACAUAACUCUAAACCGCUGUUUUCCUAAAUGCACAAAAAGUAAAAAAUAAAAAAGGUAGUGGCAUUUCAAAAAUCAGGAAAAAAUGAAAUCAUCAAAUAAGAACAAACCUGAACUUGAAUUUUAUUUUAUUUAUUAAUUGAUAAUUAAUUGAGGUGUACCCUAAUUGAGAUUACCCUAAAUAUUCUCUAUGGGCUAUUUAACAAUCAGGCAUUCCACUGUAUGUUUCCUUAAAGUUUUAUGUUGGUAUUUCUUGUCAGUUUUCUUAAUACUUUAAUGGAUAUAGAAUACCCUUAUCCAAAUGUUCCUAAAUUAAACUAUGCAGUAACUAUUUUUGUACUAUUCGUUGCCAUGGAAUAGAAGUAAAGCACAGUUUAAAACAUGCAAGUCUUCAUUUAUGUUGGAUUGCUGUAGUGCAUUUCCCCCCAACUUGGUGCCUUCCAAAUUAGUUGGACUUCAACAUGCUAUGGAUUGUUAAGGUUGAAAUACAAACCCUCUAGAGGACGUUCAACUGGGAAAGCCUAGUAGAUUGCUUGAAUUGUAGGUCUAUAAAAUGAUAACAUUGCUGUUCCUGUAUUUCUGAGAACAUGCAUAUUUGCGAGUAUGAUUUGAUUUCUUUCUUACAUGGUCUCAGAGGUCUCCUUCAGAGAACCAGGGAGCUGGCAAGCCUUCAUGUCUUGCUUUACAGUGCCUAUUCUCCACCUUGUUACACAUUCUCAGUGUAUAAUGGUUUUAUUGUAUUUGUAAAUCAUAGCAUGUGUGGUGCUCUACUGCUCUCUAGUAUGCUUUUUGAUAUUUUGCUAAUUCAGAUCACCAAUGAGCAUAUCAUCUGCCUACCAUUUUAAUAUGUCUUAAGUUUCAAUAUUUCACUUACAUGUUGGUGAAGUCAGGAGAUACAGUACUUUAAAAAUUAUGCUGCACUCAAUAAAGGAUUUCAGACAUAAUAGAAUGCAGUGUUGGAUAGUAAUAAGAGCAAUUUGUUUUCUCUUCAUACAUUAAACUGGAAAUACUGUUGUGUCAUUAUGCCAUCUUUUCAUCUUACGUUAUACGUUCAACUAGUGAUAGCCAUUUCAUUUGAAAAUAUAUUUUAUUUGUAUGCUUGCUUUUCUAUAUUUCUUGCCUUCACUGUGGGUGGAAAAUGUUUGGCUUCUCUCUCUAUAAUCAGAAGAAAUACCUCGACUGAGUACCAGUUCAAAUUAAAACACCACUAAAUUCUGUUUGAGACAAUGUUUAUAUUUCAAAAUACGAUAAAAGGAUUCAUAUUUUUAUGAAGCUUGACCUGAUUUCUCUCAUAUGAUAUUGCAAUUAAGAUAGCUGAUUUAUACUUGUUAUAUUUAGAAAUUCCUUAUUUUAAAUCUGUUUUCCAUCACAACUUUACUUAGAUGGCCCUUGUUAAGCCAUCAACUAACCUAUCUUUACCACAUUCAAAAAACUGAAAAAAGUAUAUAAAAUUAUGCAGAUACUGAAGCAGAGCAGAUAUAUACAUAUUCAGAAAGAGAGAGAGAUGCAAAUACUGUUUUUCAUUAUAAUCCAUCAUAAUAGAAUCUGCAAAAAAACCUCAUAUUCCGGCCAAUGUUGAAAAAAAGCAUAGAAUUAUGAUUUGCUAACUUGUCAAUAUCAACUUGAUGUGACCAUUAAGGUAGAUCUUCUCCAGGGUGAUCUAUCCCCAGCCUAGGACUUCAGACCUCUCAACUGCAUUCAUUGCUGUUAUAAUCAAGUAUAUAUUGAUUAUCCUCUUGUGAUUGUCCUCUUUCCUUCCAUCUUUCUCAUCAUUUUGGGCCCUCAUGGAGCUGGGUUUUUGUUAUAAAAUAUGUUAAUUUAAGCCUGGUUAUUGGGGCCUCAAGUGGAAAUUUUUGAUUUGUUUUUUAAUGUUUGUUUUCUUGGUUGUCAGUGGUAUUUUAAAGUGUUUACUCCAACAACAAAGUUCAAAAGUAUCAAUACUCUUUCCAUCCUGGUUGUUCAAAAUCCAAAUUUCACUUUCAUUAGAUAUCACAGGAAAAAUAAUUGCCAAUAUAUAUUAUAGUUGAUCAAUAAGGAAAAUAUCCACCACUUCAGUGUUUUUAUUGUUGACUUUAAUGUUGGUUGCUGUAUUUUUCUUCUUUUCAUCACAGUUACAUUUUUUACUGUACUUCUUGAUUUUUAUUACUAGAGCUUACAUUUUCAUUUUCACAUUCAACUAUCAGAGUACUUGGUGCUUGAUGUUUUUCCUCCAGUUUUAAAUCACACUGAUAUUCUUCCAAUCUAGCUUUCCUCAGUAUAUAUUAGCAUAUAUUUUGAAUAAAUGAAUGAGUGCAUAGGCUUGUUUCACCCUUUGCCAACUUGCAACUGUUAAACUUUAUUGUGGGGUUUUUUUUCUUUGUAUAUGUUUUGCAUAAUAACAAUUUGUUCUGGGAUUAUCGUUUUCAUAAGGCUAUUCCACUGCUUGACAUAAUGUAUAUAAUCAAUGAUACUCAUAGUGAUAUAAUUUUGCUAUUCUUUUAUCUUCCUGAGUUAUCCACCAUGCUUUAACAAUAAUAUCUCUUCUUGACCUUUUCUAAAACCACCUUGUAUAUCUAGGAAAUGAUUUCUUGGGUACUUUGGAUGUUAACGUUCUCACAUCUGAUUGGAUCAUUGACUGCAUUGGAUCCAAGUAAUGUCUUUGCUAUUUCCUUCCUAAUUACAAAAGGAAUGCUAUUCUUUCUGUUUUUCACAUCCUAGUUAUAAAGAGCUUAAUCUUCUAACUGAAAGUAUACAAUUCCAGUCCAUUUCAUUUUACUGAUAUGUAAAGUAUAUCAGUGAAUCAUUAAAAUUUCUCUUUUUACUGUGUUGAGCCAUGUUCAUGAUUCUUAGAUUCCAUGUUCCCACUAUAAUUUUGUCUUUGCAGUUUCAAAUGUUCUUUUUCUGCAUGGCAGCAUCAACUACUAGAUAUCUGGAAUGCUUUAUAAUCUAGUUGCAUGAUAAAUACGAUUGCUAUUCUAAAAGGUAUGAAAUAAUAUCUUUCUCCAUUCACAUUCACCUGCAGCCUCUUCCUAUGCCAGCACUGUCCGAUACAGAGGCUUACUUGCUUUAUUUGGGCAGCUGGGAUGACCUUCAUGCCCUGGGUGACUCUGCUAGGAUUACAUACUCUUUUGUUGUCCCUUCCAGGAACAUAAACAGACACAUACAAGCACAGGCCAUGAUGAGGCAGAACUUGGGGAAGAGACAAACUGUCAGCUUUGGAAGCCAUAUUAGGCCGGAAGCUUCCAUGCUGACACUUUCUCAUGUGUGGGAAACUAGGAUGGAGGAUUUAGUAGAGGGGUUGUCUGUAGACGUAAUAGCAUUCUUCCUGUCAGUCAAGGUCAGGGCGAUCCUGCAUCUGGAGAAGGAGUGGUCGGAGUGAUGUCUCGAGAUGGGACGGCGGUUGAUUGGAGCAUGUGAUUGACUGAGGAGUGAGGGGAUGGUUUUGGGGGUUUUGAUUUACUGAGGGAAAACCCUGACCUCUCAGAUUUGGGUUUUCCCAGAUGUGCCAGUUUACCUAUUCUAGUAAAUAGAACUUUGAAAAAUGCUUGCUUCAGAGUCUUUACUUGGAGUUGAGGAUUUUUCUGGAACACUGACAUUAAUCCGAUUCGGCCUAAUAUGGCUUCCAAAGCUGACACAAACCUUACCGCUGCCACUAAUAAUCCAUUCUUUAUGUUCCACAUAACAAUACUGACUAAAUUGCAUAUGAAAUAUACUUUUGGUGUAUUCUUAUGAUCAGCAAAUAUUUGACUGGACAAUAGCAUUACAGCAAUAUAGAAUCCAAAAUUGUGUAUAUGAGAUUUACUUUUUUCUUUUUAUAUUCUUUUAUUCAUAAUCAUACUUAUCAACCGCAGUUGGGACCAGCAGUAACUAAGUGACACAAUCAUAAAGUAAAACAUCACAUGACCACCAACUUACAACAUUAGUUCUGGCUGCAGUUGUUAAGCGUAUCACCACCGUCUUUAGACAUGAUAUAAUGUGACCAUGACUUGCAACUUUUGGGUUGCUUGCCCAUUGUUUUUGUUGGAAGCUGGCCUGGAAGAUUACAAAUAGUAGUCCUAUGACCAUGGGACACUGCAACCAUGGUAAAUGCACACUUGUUAUCAAGCACAUGAAUUGCAAUCAUGUGAUUGUGAUGAUGCCGCAAUGGCCACAACUUUGAGAAUGAAAUGUAAUUUUCCUUUUCCAGCACUGUUGUAAUUUUGAAUGGUUGCUGAAUAAAUGGUCAGUAAGCAAUGGAAGCCAGAUAGUGAUAUGUGCCAUAUUAUUGAUAAAUCUGAUUUUCUGACCUCUACGAGUAAGAUUUAGAUUGAGAUAGUCUACAUUGAGUAGUAACAUUAAGACAUUAAUAAUAAAAUAUAUUGUAUCUAAGAAAUAUGAAGGCCACAAUAAAGAGAAGUGCUUUAGAUAAAUGGGCUUAAUGAAAGAGCUGGUAAUUCUGUACAUUUGAAUUGCUAUAUAUUUUAAUGAUUUAUUAUUUUGUUUGUUUUGCAUACAUUUUUAAAAUAUAUAUGGUUUAUCUAAGAAGCUUUGUCCAGAUGAAUACUGAUUAGAUAACUAUGCAAUAAUGAGAAUUUUCCCCAGCACUAAACUUAUUAGAAAGUCUUACAAUAUUAAGAAAUGUUGCAUGCUCAGAAUAGUUCAGAUUAUACUUAUAUGGAUACUCUAAUUCAGAAAUUCUGGUGUGUGAUUCAGAACUCUGCAAAUGGGAGAUGCUAAAAAUAAGUUUAACAAAGACUCAGUGUAUCUAAAGGACUUUUUAGAGCAUUUUUAUUCCAGUUCCUAGUAAAUAUAUUUUCAUCUGAGUUGCUUUAUUUAAGCAUCACUCAUUUCUUCUUCUUUUUAAAUUUGUCUUGUAAUUCUGGCUAAUAAGUCUCUGCAGUGCUUUGCAAACAUCUUCAUGGCUAAUAGGGUUUUGUUGUCAAACAAUUAUUCAAGGCUUUUGUUGAAGAAACCUCAUGUUUAAAUCCAUCCUUCCUGGGAAAACAAUGUUAAUUAUAUUUUGACAAACACUGCAGAAGAUAAGCACAUACAUAGUAUAGAUAUUCUAAUGGCAGCGUAUAUUUAAAUGUUGUGCUGAUUUAGCAUAAUUUUAGUUGUUGAAUAUGAUCCACAAGAAAUGAUCUGUUUUCAGGUCCAAAGGCAUAUCUGCAAGUUUAUUGUUUAAUAGUUUAGAUUAGGCUUUCUUAUUUCUCAAGAGUACAUAUUUGUUUUUAAAUCACUUGAUUAUGUUCAUUUACUUCUUUAGCAUUCUUAACUUGGGAUAAGAAUAAAUACAUUUGUAGUUAAUAUUACUGGGAAAAGGUUCAGCAAGCAAUUCAAAGCAUUGACCAAAUAAACUAUGAGUUUGUAUUACUGUUUACUGCAAAUAUUUUUCUAUGAUAUGCCUUUAAACCUAUUUCAUAAAUACUGAACCAGUAUGUAUUUUUAUUCCAUACUAAUCAAGGAUUUACUAUUUUUUUCCUAAAUGAGAAACUACUCUCUGUAUUUUAACUAAAAUUUGAAUUUUGUCUCUAAUAAUAAAAUUUUGUACAGUAUACCAUUGUCUUAAUUUUCUGAUAUAUUGAGACAAAUCCAUGAUAAAUAGUACCCCAAUUUGAUUGUUUCAUUUUUAUUAAAGUUAAUACUGUAAUAAUUCCAAAUGAAUUCACCAUAAAAAAAAAUUUAAAAAACAGAGUGGGGGUACUUCUUUUGGUGUUAGAUUUUUCGGUGAUAAUUAUAUUUAUUUAUACAAUUUAUAUUCCAGGGAUUUUUUUUAGAUGUUCUUAAUAUUAAGCACCUGCUUAAUAUUACAUUUACCUACUUGACUAUACUCACAUAAAACGAAAACAUUUCCACUUGAAGAAAUACUUCCCUAAGUGAAAAAAAAAAAAGUAUUGAAGUUCUGUGAGAAAUGGGAAAAAAGGCUUCAGGGAACAAUAUCUUUCCAAUGCCAGAUCCUUUUUAUGGAUUGUUCUGUAGUCCUAUCUUAUUAUAAAAUCUUUCAAGCUGGAAGCCUAAACAUACUUAGUAGAGAAUAAGCCCCAGUGAAUGCAAUGGAGUUGUUUUAAAAAAUUUGUAUAGGAUUACACCUCAUGAAUAAAAAGCUGAUCACAUUUAAUACUUCUUUUUUUAGAAUACUGCAUUAAUAUGCAGUGAUCCAAAAUCCAAACACCCAUGUUGGAAAUGGGCUGCUGAUCUCAGUGAAACUUAUUUUUAUUCAAUGGAACCAUUGGAAUUGGAAUUUUAGACCAGAGAAUUAUAUUAACUUCCUACAAAGCCCCCUGGUUUAGAUAAUAUGUAAAUUAGAUUGUCUAUGAUAACUCCAAAAGAAGAAUCAUCAAAGUUUGUUCUCCCUUGAAAACAAAGAUCCAAAAUGGUUACCCAGAAGAACUUUCCUAUUUCAAACAAUAGUAUUCCUUAUCAGUUAAAAAACCACUUUUGAAUGUCAACCUCUAUGCCCUACCAUCACCAAACCACUAGCUGAAAAUAUACUAUGGUUAUAGAGAAACUGUGUUAUACCCAAUCCGUCUGUUUAAUUAUUCCAAUUAAGAUUUUUUUCCCAUCAUCUGCUGGCACUUUUAACCAGGGAGAUCAGAAAUUAACAUUUCCUUUUGUAUAGUGCAUCCUUCAGACCAGGGGUGAAAUCUACUUACCUUCUCAACCGGUUUGGAAGUGCACAUGCCGCAAGUCACAUGCACGCUUAAACUCUCUGCGCAUGCGCAAACCCUUCUACGCAUGUACAGAGGGUAAAAAACAGGUUACUUCCUGAUUAAAACCAGGAAGUAACGAUCGGGUGGGUGGGCAGAAUCUCACACCGCCAUCACUAUCAGUUCUCCGAACCACCAGCCACCAUUGCUACUGGUUCAGCCGAACCGGUCCAAACCGGGAGCAUUUCACCCCUGCUUCAGAGAGCCCCAAUCAGUUUCCACCAUCUAUAAUCUUUCAACUGUUCUGGUUUAGAAGGCUUUUGUGAGAAUGUAGCAUAUCCAUGCAAUUAAAUGGCAUCCGCUAGUGUCCAGAGUAAAUAUGUGCACUGUCAUAUACCAUUACACAGUCUGGUAUGUAUGAAAUAUGUUUAUCACUGAUGUACAUAAACUUUUAAAAAGUUAAGGCUUCUAGUCUUGCUCUGCCACUGUAAAUAGAAAAGCUUUGAAAAAUUAAAGUGCCUUUUCAUAAAAA